AACAAUAUUUACAUAUUAUCUCGAUCGAUUAACAUAUCAAAGUUUCCUACGUGGAUUACGCCUGUGGUUGGAACCGAAAAAUUAUGAAGUUCAUGGGAAUUUGGCCGGAAGAAAGAAAAGUCAACAAUGCGUCCAGUUACAAAGUGUUAUUCCCCAUCGGUUUUAUGAUACUUUUCAUUACCAUACCACAAACAACUAAUCUCUACUUUAUAUGGGGUGAUUUCGAAUUAAUCGUGGAAAAUCUAUCGGUUGCAAACAUGACUAUUACGAUUGCUGUAUUGAAAACAGCUACUUUUUGGUCCAACGGUAGAUCCAUGAAGGUACUCUUAACGCAUAUGGAAAAUGAUCGAAAAGAAGCCAACACCGAAGAAAAUAUAACGAAAAUGACAAGAAUUGCUGACGUUAGCAGAACUAUAACAGCUGGAAGUAUAAUAAUGUGUAAUUUUCUUGUCAUACUCUAUGUGACAUUAAGAAUCGUUUUGUUACCAUACACCGGACGAUCACUUUUUUAUAGUGCUUAUUUUCCAUACGACACACGGCACUUUCCAAAUUUCGAAUUAACUCAAAUUGGUCAAGUUACAGCAGCAUUUUACGCGGCCAAUAGUUACACAGCUGUGGAUACAUUCAUGAUGAUGUUGGUGUUACACGUGUGCGGACAAUUUUCAAGCCUCAGAAAACAAUUGUCCAACUUGUGUUGCGUAGACAAAAAUCAUUUUCAAAUUGAUCUGAUCAAAAUUGUGGAAAAAUAUGAUAUGCUCAACAGUUAUGCUGAAACAAUCGAAGAUAGAUUCAACAACAUGUUGCUUAUGCAAAUGAUCGGUUGUACUGUACAACUCUGCGUUCAAUCGUAUCAAGCAAUUUCGGCACUUGUUGACGAUGAUCAAGGAUUAUUGAUAGUCCGAUUAUUCUUUUUUGCGGUAUACACAACAUACGUCAUGCUUCACAUUUAUUUGUAUUGUUACGUCGGUCAGAAACUUUUUACCGAGGGUACGGAAAUGGCUUAUGCUGCAUAUAAUUGCAACUGGUAUAAUUUAUCACCAAACGAUGCUAGAUGUCUAACAAUAAUAAUGUCACGAGCACAAAUAUCAUCGCGUAUUACGGCAGGAAAAUUUUGUUCUUUUAAUCAUGUACUUUUUAGCAACAUUUUGAAAACAUCCAUGGGUUACUUGUCCGUCCUGUAUGCGAUGAAAACCAAAGAUAUGGACUUUUUAACGAAUUAUAUUACUCAAGCCAUUAGUGUUCUCCUAUCAAACAUGGAAAAGGAUCGAAAAGAAACUAAUGCCAAGGAUGAAGUUAGAAGAAUGAUGAGGAUCGCGAAUAUUUGCAGAAAGAUAUCUAUCGGUUGUACUUUAACUUAUUACAUGGUCAUCAUUCUUUUCAUCAUUCUACAUUUGUUAUUUAUACGUUAUAUCGGUCGAGUUCUUAUAAUACGCUCAUAUUUUCCAUACAAUAUACAAUCAACACCGAAUUACGAGUUAACCAUUUUUGCUCAAAUCUUGGCUGCAUGGUGCACAGGCGGAGUUUAUACAUCGGUAGAUACUUUUGUGGCUACUUUAGUGUUUCACUUGUGCGGACAACUGAACAAUUUGAAACAUAAUUUACGCGAUUUGUAUUCACACGAUGGCAAUGAAAUUAAAUUGAAAAUUGCUAAAAUCGUUAAGAAACACAAUUCUUUGAACAGAUUCACCGAAACAAUCGAACAAAAAUUCAAUGUCAUGUUACUGUUGCAAAUGCUCGGCUGUUCGUUGCAACUUUGUGUUACGUCUUUCCAAAUACUUAUGGCCCUUGAAAGAAAAAAUGGAGUUAUCCUAGCUCAAACAACUUUCUUGUCGGCAUACCUAAUAUACAUAUUGCUUCAAAUAUACCUGUACUGUUACAUCGGUGAAAAACUCAUUUCAGAGAGCAUUGGAAUUUUUGACGCUGCCUACGAAUGCAAAUGGUAUACUUUACCUCCCAGUGAAGUUAAAUCAUUGAUGAUAAUCAUGAUUAGAGCCAAAGUACCACUUCGCAUAACUGCAGGAAAAUUUUGUUCAUUCAAAUAUCAACUUUUCUGCAAUAUUUUGAGAACGUCGAUGAGUUACUUGUCGUUACUUCAUGCAAUGAAUAUCGUAAAUACCGAAUAA